AUGCUUUUCUUGUUUCGCGGGUCGUUGAACGUAUGUUUGCUGACCCCCCUGAUCUCGAUCUGCUUCAAGUCGAGCUCUGGAGGGGGGCCCAGGGGCGCUGGUAGUGCACAUGCCGUUACCUCUUUUUCGACAACGCCUCUGCUGAAUUAUUAUCGCGGGGGCCCGCUUGCGUCGCAUGUGCAAUCUGCAGGUGUUCCCACAGGCGGUUCAUUUAUGUUUCACAGACAGUCGAUGCACGCGGCCUCGUGCGGAAGACCGUCUUGCAAUGACCGCCGCGAAGGCUUGUGUUUCACAUGCCUCUCGGUGUUGGAACCGCAGACAUGGGACGCCGAGGAGUGGGCGGACUCCCUGCACCUACCUGAGGAGGUCCCAGUUGUUUCUUCAAGGGGAGCGCCAGCUCGCAACCGGCGGCGCUUGGAGAGCGCCGUCGGUGGGCACCAGCGACCGCGCAGUAGUCUUGUUUAG